UAAAUUAAAACUUUUACUGAAAAUCCAUAAUUGCAGCCGUGUUUACAGAAUCAGCGGAAACAUUAUCUACCAAUUUUUUGUUUAUUUUAGUUUUUGUUCAUAUUUAAAAUGCCAAGAAAAGCGAUGAAAUCUAUUAUUGAAAUUGACCUACACUCAAUUACUUGCCCAGGAACCUUUUUAAGACAGUAUGAAUAUGUUUAUCUCCGUAUUGAAAUGCUUGGUCUGGAAGCUCGUACAAAAUCUGUACCACCAACAUUUCCUCUUUUUUUUCGUGAAAAGUUGAAGUUUAAAAAAACAUUUCAAGACUGUACUGAUCCAGCAUUAGUGGCAAGCCUUUUAAAAGGAGAUAAUGUUGUAAUUGAGUUGAUUCAGCAAACUGAUUACAUUUCAGAAGGAAAUGUAAUAGCACAUUGUAGCAGCAACACUCAUGAUUUUUUAUACCCUUCCAUUCCUCCAUACUAUGGAUCUGGUAGAGAAAUUCUACUGUAUAAAACAUCCAAAUUUAAACCAAUUAGAAUUACAGGUGAACCAGUAAAGCUUGAGUUUUCUACAAAGACAAUAAUCAAAGAAGUUGCUGACAGCCUUUUAUCAUUAACAAAAGAUGAUGCGGAGAGGGUGCCUAGUCGUAUUAAUAAAACUGAAAAAAGGACUGUAAAAGUGAAAAAAUGUUCUUUAAAACGGUCACAUAGCUACUCUGAUGUUAAUAAUGAUUUUGUUGUUGGUCAUAUUGAUGGUAAAGUUUUAUCUAACCGUAAUUUCUCUACCUUUAUUCGACCAAAGACUAGAAGAUCCAGUUCUCCUGCUCGUGCAUUAACACGGUCAGCAUCACCGAAAUUGACAAGAUCAAAAUCAAAUGGAAAGCUUGAUAAAGAAAAUUCAAAAUCAGUCGAAUCAAUACCUUCAAGAAAACUUUUAAGAGACUACUCGUUAACGCCGACAAUAGGUUCGCAUUACCGCUCAGCAACAGCUCCCCAAAUUUAUGAGCCUGUUUAUUCUCCUGUGAAAAGUUUAGGAUACGCUUUCGACGAUCUCAACUUGUAUAGUAACUAUAGACGUCGGAAUUUAUUUUCGCCGAAUCUUAAUGCUGCGCUGCGCUCUUCAACACGCAUCCAACGGCGCAUAGAAGAUAUAAUUCGAAAAAAAGACUACUCGCUAGAUACAGAUUCAGACAGUGACCUUACAUUAGAUGUUCUUAGAGAAACAUUAAGGGAAGAAAGAAAGGCAUUAAAUGAGGCUAUUAAAGAAGCGGAUAGAGAAGCAUUUUACCGGUCGCUAAACAGAACACGUUAAUGUUUCGUUUUUGUUAUUCAUUUUUCCGAAAAAAAAGAAAACACAAAAAUUAGCAAUUUUUUAUCUGCAAGUUGCAUGUGAAAGUAUUUUUUUUUAAAACAAAAGUUUUUAAUUCUUAGAAAGUUAAAAUUUUAAAAUUUAGAUUAAUGAAAAACUUUUUUUUGCGUCUAAAUGCGAUUAAUUUCAUUUUUUUUUUUUUGUAUUAUAAUUCUCAUUUAAUUUCUUUUUCAUUAUAACUCCUAAUUAUUAUAUUUUAUUUUCUUGCGUUUUUAAAGCUUUUUUGCUUUUGUUAGAAAUACUUUAAACUUAACUACGAUUUUUUUUUUUUUUUUUUUUUUUUUGUACGUGUGAAAAUUUUAUAAGCUUACCGUAUUUUUAGGUUUUGUUUAGUUAGAAUACAACACUCUGAACUACGCUUCAUUUUCUUGAAUGCACCUUUUUCUUACUGUACAGUAUUUUAGUUACAAAAAAAUUUUAAUUGCUUUUUAUGUGAAUAUUGUACAUAUUUAUUAAUCGGCUAUAUUUGCCAAGAAUUUUAGUUAUUUAUUGAGUUAAAA